CACUCUUGUUACUUUUCUCCAACUUAUGCACGUGUGGGAAUAAAGUUUUGAGUCAGUUUCGAUAAAAUUGCUCAGGUUUUUCCUAACAUAGUUAGCAGCAUGAGUGAUUUAGAUGAAGCAACCGUUAAAAAGCUCAAAGUUGCAGAGCUGAGAUCAGAAUUGCAAAAUCGGGGCUUAGAUACGAAGGGAAACAAACCGGUUCUUGUGGAACGAUUGCUCGAAGCGAUUUCCAACGUCGGUCAAAAAAAUGGCAAUUCGUUGGACGAGGAUGGUGCUAGUGCUGCGGAAGAAAGUGCCAUGGAACCACAAGGACAAGAGGAAGCUGACGAAAAAAAAGAGGAGACUCAGAUGGAAGAAAAUGAGGAAAACACCGUCGAAGACGCGGAAUCGAAAGUUGAAGAACCGUUGCCUGUGGCCGAAAAUUCUUACGCCGAUCAAGCCUCUGAUCUGGAGACUGUAGACGUCCCAAUGGAAGAAAAGCCCACAGAGGAAAGUUCCGGAAAGCCUGCAGAAUCCGCGGAAGUACUUCAGAAAGAGGAAAGUGCUAUAGAAACUGAAAAAGAUGUUGUUCAGUCCGCAGAACCAAUGGAGACGGGUCAAGAAAGUGCUUCAACAUCCCAAACAACAGAAGGAGAGAAGGGAGAUGCAGAGAAGGAUGCUGAUGAUGAUGUAGAGAUUUCCACCGAGGCCAGAGUUGAACCUGAGGAUGAAGAGAUUCCACUUGACGACACUUUAGUCGUCUUGGACAAAUACAACAGCGACCUGCAUCUGAAAAUUGCGGCAGAUGGCUUGAGUGGAAAACCACUGGAGGAUGAAGGGUUUUCAUAUCUGCUAGCUGGUGCAAGAGCAACCUGGGGUGUCACUACAGGCAAAGUUUGCUUUGAAUGCAAGGUAACAGCGAUUGCAUCUGUCGAACUCCCUGAUGCUGAAGAUCCUAAGAAUGUGGUCAGAGUAGGCUGGUCAACUGAUUCUGCCAAUCUUCAGUUAGGAGAAGACAAGCUUUCAUAUGGGUAUGACUCAUCUGGCAAGAAAGCCACAGACUCAGAGUUUGUAGAAUAUGGGCAAACAUUUGGUGCUGAGGAUGUGAUUGGGUGUUAUUUGGAUUUGGAGAGUGAACCUAAAACAAUUUCCUUCAGCAAAAAUGGUGAAGACCUUGGAGAAGCUUAUGAACUGACUGAUGGUCUGGAAGACAAGGCCCUCUACCCUCAUGUCCUGAUUAAAAACGCUGAGUUCAGUGUCAACUUUGGAUCUCAGGAGGAGCCUUGGUUCCCUGCCAAGGAGGGUUACACCUUCAUGCAGUCAGUUGGUGAAGAGUUCUUGGUCCAUGGCACAAGAGGACCCACAACUAAAAAUGAGUGCGAGGUGAUAAUGAUGGUAGGGUUACCUGGGUCAGGAAAGACAACAUGGGUGAACCAGCAAGUGAGUGAAAACCCAGACAAGAAAUACAAUGUGCUGGGCACAAACUCUAUCAUGGAGAAAAUGAAGAUUAUGGGUGUGGCCAGGAAAAGAGACGUGGGAGGGUAUAGUAAGUUGAUGGACAAGGCUGCAAAAUGUCUGCACCGUUUAUUUGAGCUGGCAGCAAGUAAGAAGAGGAAUUAUAUUCUAGACCAGACCAAUGUGUACUUGUCAGCCCAAAAGAAGAAGAUGAGGCCUUUUGAAGGAUUCAACAGGAAGGCUAUAGUUUGCAUUCCCACCCAAGAAGAUCUUAAAAAGAGGACGGAAGACAGAAAGAAGGAAGGCAUUGAACUGCCUGAAAAUGCAGUUAGUGACAUGAAAAUGAGUUUCACUCUACCAAAAGUUGGCGAAUUUUUUGAUGAAGUUGUGUAUGCUGAUCAGCCUGAAAGCAAGGCGAAAAGUGUCGUUGAUGAAUACAUCAAAGAAGGUCGCUCUUACAGAAGCCGCUCAGGUGCAGGAUCAGAGCCACCUUACAAACGGUCAAGAUUUGAAGACAGACCACGACAUGGUGGAGGAUACAACAGGGACAGAGGUUUUGAUGACCGCGGAAGUUACAGACGUGGAGGCGGAGGUGGAGGUUAUAACCAGAGAUUUGGAGGUCGCUCUUAUCACGGUCAUGGAGGGGGUGGUGGCUACCACCGAGGUGGACGAGGCGGAGGAGGAUACCAUGACAGGAGGGAUCAUCGUGGAGGAAGAGGUGGAGGUUAUGGAGGUGGAGGUUAUGGCGGUGGAGGGUUCCGCCAGCAGCAGUCGUCCUACCGUCAACACCAACAGUCAAAUCAACAACAGAGACCUCGCUACCAGCAGAACUACAACCAGCAAAAUUACAACCAGCAGCAACAAGUUUCACAGGCUUCGUACACACCUCAGCAGCAGCAACAGUACAACACCAGCCAGGCCUACAACCAGUACUACAACUACAACCAGGGAUACCAAGCAAGCACAGGAUACCAACAGACCGGCUACGCUCAGCAGCAGCCGCAGCAACAACAACAGCAGCAGACGUACGGUCAGACGGCACAGCAACAGACCUACCAGAAUUACCAGAAUUAUUAUGCGGGAUAUCAGCAACAGCAACAACAGCAGCAGUACGGAAGUUAUGGCAGCGGAAGUGGGUAUUAGGUGUGUGCGUGGGAUCGGCAAACCUUUGGUUAAAAGAUGGAUAUGGACAGCGUUUGUAAUCAUAUAUUAGCCACGUUCGCGCAGAUGCUAAAAUUAAAUCCGCCUUUUUUUUU